AUGGGUGUCCCAGCCCUCUUCCGAUGGCUUUCGUCCAAGUACCCAAAGAUCGUGUCUGCCGUCGUUGAAGAGCAGCCGCAGGAAAUAGACGGGCAGGAAAUACCAGUCGAUAUCACCAAGCCGAAUCCUAAUGGCGAAGAGAUGGAUAAUCUCUACCUGGACAUGAACGGUAUCGUCCACCCGUGUACGCAUCCUGAGGGCAAGCCUCCACCAGCAAACGAAGGCGAGAUGAUGUUGGAGAUUUUCAAAUAUACAGACAGGGUGGUGAACAUGGUCCGACCAAGAAAAUUGUUGAUGAUUGCUGUUGAUGGCGUCGCGCCCCGUGCUAAAAUGAACCAACAACGCUCCCGUCGAUUCCGUUCUGCGCAGGAUGCAAAGGCUGAAGACGAGAAGAAAGUAGAAUUCGCAAAGCUGCUUAAGAAACAGAAGCGUGGAAAGUCAGAUGUAACAAUUGCCGAAGAGGUGAUUAAGAAAACUUGGGAUACCAAUGUCAUCACACCAGGCACACCUUUUAUGGAUAUUCUUGCUCUCGCGCUACGAUACUGGGUCGCGUAUAAGCUAAGUACCGACCCUGGUUGGGAAAAGCUGAAAAUAAUUAUUUCCGAUGCCACUGUUCCAGGUGAGGGAGAGCACAAGAUUAUGGAGUUUGUCCGUUCUCAGCGUGCUUGUCCAGAAUAUGAUCCCAAUACUCGGCACGUAAUCUACGGUCUGGAUGCCGAUUUGAUUAUGUUGGGACUAGGCACCCACGAGCCACACUUCCGUGUUUUGCGAGAAGAUGUCUUUUUCCAAGAAUCAAAAGCCAGAACCUGCAAACUAUGCGGGCAAGCUGGCCAUGUUGAAGAGGCCUGCACAGGGAAGGCGAAAGAAAAGCAAGGAGAAUUUGACGAAAAGCAAAAGGGGAGCCCUCUGAAACCAUUUAUCUGGCUUCAUGUUUCGAUACUUCGUGAAUAUCUGGCUGUAGAAAUGCAGGUCCCUCAACAACCAUUUCCUUUUGAUCUCGAGAGAGCUUUGGAUGACUGGGUAUUCAUGUGUUUCUUCGUUGGUAAUGAUUUCUUGCCUCACCUUCCGUCGUUGGAAAUUCGUGAAAAUGGCAUAGACACUCUUAUCGCAAUUUGGCGUGAUAAUAUUCCGCAGAUGGGUGGCUACCUAACGAAGGAUGGCCGAGUUGAUUUAGCAAAGGCGCAGUUAAUUUUGCAGGGACUAGCAAAGCAGGAGGAUGCAAUCUUCCGCCGUCGGCGACAGACCGAGGAGCGGAGGAAUGCAAAUGCUAAACGACGCCAGGAGGAAGACCGUCAGCGCAGGAACAAUAAUAACGAUCAUGCUCGGAAGAAGCGAAGAGGCUCUCGUGGUGCUGAGCCAGUUCCAGAUAUUCCACCUCUUGUCGUGCCAGGCAAAGGGGAGUUAACGAGAGCCGAGAGAGAGCUGACGCACGCUAUGGUCGUUAACCGUGGAGCAGUCUACAAGGCCAACAUGGCAAACAAAAGCGCUGCUGCCGCUCUCAAAGCUCAGCUUCUCUCCGGUGGUACAGCAGAAGACGAUGCUGACGCUAAAGAUGCUCAGGAGCCAGAACCUUCUGCGGCAUCCGGCUCAAAGCUUGGAAAACGAAAGUCUGAUGUGUUUGAAAAUUCAAACACAGAAGCGGAAGCAGAAGAGGAAGAGGAAGAAGAGGAAGCAGUCGAGGUUCCGGCAAAGCCCAAGGAAGACGAGAUGCCCCCGGAUACAGUACGGCUUUGGGAAGACGGAUAUGCAGACCGGUACUAUGAGCAGAAAUUUGGGGUAAGCCCCAAAGACAUUGCUUUCCGACACAAGGUAGCGCGGGCAUACGUUGAAGGACUAAGUUGGGUCCUUUUGUAUUAUUUCCAGGGAUGUCCAUCCUGGACUUGGUAUUAUCCCUACCACUAUGCGCCCUUUGCCGCAGACUUUGUUGACAUUGGCGAGAUGGAUGUACAAUUUAACAAGGGAACUCCAUUCAAGCCAUUCGAGCAGCUGAUGGGAGUCUUGCCUGCAGCUUCGAAUCAUGCUAUUCCCGAGGUGUUCCGUGACCUCAUGUCCGAUGAAAACAGUGAGAUCAUUGACUUCUACCCAGAGGACUUCCCCGUUGAUCUAAACGGGAAGAAGUUUGCUUGGCAGGGGGUUGCCCUGUUACCAUUCAUUGACGAGAAACGACUGUUGGCAGCAAUGGAUAAGCGGUAUCACUUAUUGUCUGAGGCGGAGCAAGCCCGCAAUGCCAUGGGGAAGGAUGUGCUACUAUUAUCAGAGAAACAUCCUCUCUACGAAUCUCUGACAGCCAAUUUCUACUCGAAGAAACAAGGCUCGUCAAAGCUAAAAUUAAACAUGCGUAUCAGCGAGGGACUCGGCGGGAAAGUCGAGAAGAACGAAUCAUAUCUGCCUCACAGCUCUCUAUCCCUGGAGGUGGACGGCGCCGAUAUCCCUGCACUUGACGAAGAUCGGUCAAUAAGUGUUUACUAUGAAAUGCCCAAGUCUAUGCACACCCAUAAAUCCAUGCUGCUACGUGGUGUCAAGUUCAAGGAGCCAGCCCUGGACAAGACAGAUCUAGAAAUCACCAGAAACAAAGCUCGGCACUCUGGGAGGUCAUUCGGCGGUGCACCACUCCAUUCGAACCGCGGUGGUAGAGGCAGGGGAGGCGGAAGAGGGGGCCAGAUAUCAUAUGCCAGCAAUGACCGCCCCAACCCGUUUGCUGCUCACUUGCCGCCAGGCUAUGUUCCACCACGGCACAUGGGCGGAGGCCCUCCUGGGUAUAAUCCUGCACCCCCAAACACCUACAACGGCUCUGAUCGGUAUCGGUCUCGGGGAGGGGGACAUCCUCGGGGGGGCGGCGGCGGCGGCGGCGGCGGCGGAUAUGGCGGAGGCUAUGGGGAUCAUUACCAGCAGCCUCCUCGACACAACUGGUCCCAACACAACGCUCCACCCUAUGGCAACGCUCCUCGCAACCCCUACCAAGACCGCGCUCACUACCAGGGCGGCGGGAGCGGCGGGUACGGGCGCGGCGGAGGAGGAGGAGGAGGAUCCUAUGAUGGCAGGGGAGGAGGCUACUACAACUCCAGGGGGUCCGGCCGUGGUCGAGGAGGCCGCAGUGACGGGUACGGCAGAUAUUAA